ACGUCAUAAUUUACAGAAUACCUGAUUUGUCGGGGUGUCGCCGUCGACGGAUGCGUCUGGGAGGACAUUAUCAUCAUCUUUAUGUACCUAUGUAUCAUACUGGUAUGCAAAUAAAGAUCUCUAUCUCUAAAAAGAUAAUAUUUUGAUUUUAGAGUGCAUUACGAUUAUUGCGAAUUGUUAGAAACAGAAAUAUAAACAACUGAUAUUGAACUAUGAGUUUAUCGAAUAGUAAUAUAAAUAAGUAGUUUUUUUUUUAUAAUUUUCAUGACAAGAUGAUCUCAGAUUAUUACGACGAGAUAAAAUAAUAUUUAAUCAGACAUAAGACAAUAUUUCUGCGUAUUGUGAUAUAUCACAAGAAAUCUAUAAGUAGAGCGCCCGUAAUUUGACCCUAUUAAUUUUCAGCGCUUUUUUCAUAUCCCCGCCCCGUUUUUUCAUAUCACGGGGGAGAGUUAAUUCGCCGCGAAGUGAUCAUGGCGUCCGCGCAGUGUGCCAGCAGCGUCGUGCGCGCGCGCACCGGACCGCUGUUUACAAACACCAUAAACAAACAUGUAAACAUCGUAAACAUCAUUGUUAACUUUUGCCGCGAAAGUUAAUUAAUUGAGCGUUUCGUUCGGGAUUUAAUUAAGAAAUUCCUGGCGCGAUCGAGCUGCUCUCUACCAUUCGAGUCACAUAUGCGGACGUAUACGCUGGUGCGGCGUCCGAGCGUCAUAGAGCGUGUCUUGAGCAGUUUAAAGAUGUGUUUUUUAAACGUUUUGCGUCUGCAUGUGUCUCAGAAUCAGAGGCAGAAGCGUUUGUAUAAGCAGUAUAUGGAGCAGCUGGCCGGGGCUUACGUGGAACGUUGCACCGACUUGAGUACUUGGGAGCAUAGGUACAACUGUGUGGGGACUGCUGAAUGGGAUGGGCGGGAGUGGGACAGCGAGUCCAGGUCGUGUGGGUCAGAGUGCGACAGCGGGAGGUGCUCGUCACCAUGCUGCUCGGAGGUCAUCUUCAAUGGCGGUCAGCAUUUCAGCGGGAAGGGCAAUGCUUGCCGGCCCUUUCCUAUAUGCUAUCCCGGGAACUUCGGGAGCGGUCGCCUAGCUGUCGAGGGCUGGUGGUGUGGCCGCGCGAUGCCGCAUGCGCACGGGCGCGCUAACAAUGGCGCGCUCGCACUCCACUACGCGGCAGCGCGCGGAUGUUUAGACUGCGUGCGUCUGCUCGCUAAUACCACGCCUGACGUCUCUGCCAACACGGCGAUGGACAAUGACGUCACACCAGUAUACUUAGCCGCACAAGAAGGACACUUGGCCGUAUUAAAGUACUUAGUAUUAGAAGCGGGGGGCCGGCUGGACGCGCGCGCCAGAGAUGGGAUGCUGCCUAUUCACGCCGCCGCGCAGACUGGGUGCUUGGAUUGCGUCAAAUGGAUGAUCGUGGAGCGAGGCGUAGAUCCGAACGCGCGAGACGGAGACGGCGCGACUCCGCUCCACUUCGCUGCAUCCCGUGGACAUCUCACUACAGUCCGCUGGCUUCUAAGACACGGGGCUAGACUACAUUUAGAUAGACAUGGAAAAAGCCCUAUUAAUGAUGCUGCAGAAAACCAUCAUUUAGAUUGUCUCAACGUCCUGGUAGCGGCAGGCGCGGCAGGCGCCGACAGCAAGCAGCUCUCCUCAUACAAAGCGGUCCACUCCUGCGCAUGUACUCCAGGAGACGCCAGAUGCGCUCUACCAAACUGCAUCAAUGCCAACGGAACCCGCUCGCCAUUCUACCUGCACGCGCCAGAACGCGAGCGCAGGGGUUCCUUACCCUCCACGCCGAUUGGAUCCAUAAGCUCAAGCCGCUCCGGACCAGCGGAUGGGCUGUAUGUCAAUCCGAUGCAGAGAGGGUCCACCACGGUCACACAUCAUAGUUCAUCGGGGGAGGAUAGCUCAGCCUGCUCCGCCUCAGACGCCGACGCCAGCAACGCCAGCGGCUGGUAUCUCCACAACGCCACCCCGGCCCAGAACGCACCAGCAGCACUGUACCAGCGAGUCAGAGACCUGUUCCACACCCGCUCCCCUGGGCCAAGAGUGCCGGCUGAGGGGCAGGAGGCGCCUGUUAUGACUGUAAAAGCCGAGAUCCACGGAUCCGAAGCGACCACGGUCCCAGAGCAGUCAGACAGCGACAGUGGAGCUGAGGCGACGCGUCGUGACCACCACUAUGAAGACAUCUACAUGCCCAAAGAAGAGCAACACCAAAGGAGGAGGAGCAGUUCCCGCGACUCCGGCAGCCACAGCAGGCCCGGCAGCGCGGCGCUCAUCGUCGACUACACCACCAAAGAAGGCAUCGACAGCAUAAGCAAGGCAUACGAAGAGGUGUCACCUGCACCCGAGAACCACGCCAAAUCCACCAUAGCAACCAAGCUGGCUGCGCUCACGCAUAAAGCACAGAACUUCGCCAGCCGCCUCUCCUCAGCCGCCGGCAGCCGCCGCGCCUCCGUCACGGAAGAGACCACCAUCGUGCAAGCCUCCGCCUCCUCCGGCGUGUCCUCCGGCGGCAGCUCCGGCGACGAGGCGCCCCCGCCGCCGCCGCCUCCACCGCCACCAGCUGUGUUGGAAGAACCAGCGUUGAAGCCGUCGGAAUUGCGUAGCAGGCUGGCUCGCCGCGGCUCGGCGUCCACAGACGAGGAGCGGCCGCGCGGGCUCAAUCUCGUGAACAAGCAAGCGGUGCUUCCGUUCGUGCCGCCGGCCUUCCCCCACAACGCGCCUGACAGGCUGAUUAAGCCCUCGGAGUACUUGAAAACAAUCACGGCGCCGUGCAAGCGGGACGACGCGGCGGCGGAGGCGCGCCCGCCGCCGCCGCCCGCGCUCAGCGACAACGCGCCCCCUCCGCCACCCCCGCAACCCCCUAUGAUCGCCGCCCAACCGCUGGCAGCCAUUAGCACCGCCGAGCUAAGCGCUGUCCGCUUACGCGCGCCGGCGACGAAAACGCUCUCCGCUCCGCCGCCCGCCCGCUCAGUCAGCCUACAAUGCUUACCGAGCGCAGCGGAAAGCUACAAAAGUGCGAAAAUAGACUUGAUAGAAGAACUGAAGAUGUCGAAGGAUAUCACUGGAAUCAAGAAGAUGAAGGUUGAGCGGGCGAGGAGGGAGAGUCUUCAGGAUAAGGAAACGUUCACGGAGUUCACGAAGCGAUUUACGGCGGAGAACUUCGUCGAUCAGGGUUGCCCUCAGGUGCCGGAACGAGAUGCGGCAGGGAACGUGAUUCCGGCAUGGAAGCGGCAGAUGCUGGCUCGAAGAGCGGCGGAGAAGGCGAGGCGAGACUUGGAGAGAGAGCUGGCGGGUGAAGCGGAGAGGAGACGCGCGGCGGCGGUGCCGGCAUGGAAGCGGCAGCUGCUGGCUAGGAGGGAAGAAGCGGAGAAUAGGUUGAGGCAAACCCUUUACACCCCGAAAGUGGAAGAAACUAACGGGACGAACGGCGAAUGGCGCGCGUACCCCAACGGCACGCAGAGGGCCGUGUCCAUCGACAACAUUACGCUAUGCUACGACACCCCCUCGCAGCCCAUGCGGGCGCCGUCGGAGGCCAAGCUCUCCACUGAGAAUUGUAAUGGCCUCAGUAAUGGUAAGCACGAAGACGAAGACGUAGACGCAAAGAUCAUCCCGUGGCGAGCGCAGCUGCGCAAGACCAACAGCAAGCUGAACCUGCUCGAAUAGCUUAGUUACGUUAUAAGGUUCCCAUCUAGCUGGAAGACGCCCCAAUCAAGCCGCAUAAACUCGGCAAGUCAGCAGUUUUUUGUUGUCUCUGUCAGUUGUUCAUUUGAUGAUAUUAGCCAUCAGUGGAUACAUCAUCUUUUGCAGAUGAUUUCUGCAGCAUUGGGUAGGAUCAGGUUGAAUGUUGUGUGAGGUUGAUCCCAACAUCUGUGAUGGCCAUAAAGUUCUAUAGCAGAGCGGCAUCUUCUGCCACAGUAAUCACAAAUAUGAUACCGGAGGAGGAGACCUGGCAGAGCGUAAGUCUUUUCUGCCUCAGAUUAUCGACCUCGGUCUGGCCUUCCUCUGCCGAUUCUUUUCACGGGUUGUAUGGCCUUUGGGCGAAAUGUAACAUUUUAAUAAGUUAAUUAUACCUAUUCGUCAGUGGCUAAUUAUACAUUAUGAUCAAAUGAACCUUAAAUACCGACGUAAAUAUUUUAGAUUGAUUGGAGCGACUGAAGGCGUAACGUAGUUCUACAACAGUGACUUUUAUCGCACGGUUAUCUAAAUAUCUAUCGAGUAGUGAUAGAGCCCUGAUAAAGGCAACCUAGCCACAUUUUACUCGUCCUGUCAGUUUUUUACUCCUGCAGACAUCUGAUGGCUGGCAUUAUUCACGUAAUGAUAUUAUCAUAACUUAACACCAAGUGAUCGAAAUAAAUGUACUGAAAUUAUUACGCCGUCACGAAAAUUACGACAAAUCAAAGAUGUUGAACACAUCCGAUAUAAAUCAUAGAAUAAUUAAGGGUAGACGGGGUAAGAAGCAUUAGGACAAGAUGAACAUUUUGUAGACAAUCCUCAUAUUGUUGCACUUGCCCCGAAUAAAAUAAACUACCAAUGUUACUCUUACCUCACAUGACCUUAUGAAAAUUUGAUGUUUACCAUUUGAAGAGUCAUAUUUGAAAUUAGAGAAUUUAUAGAUGGAAAUGGUCUAAAAUAUACAGAUUUAAAGAAAAUAAGUUAUGAAAAGAUCUUGUCGAUAAAGUGCAUGGCUAGGUUUACUUUGUCCAGGCAUAGCUUAGGUGAAAUGCCAUAAAAGCAUUGUAUAGCCGACACGAAUAAGUACUUAUAAGUUAUAUAAGCAGUGGUCCAAAUAUAUCCAUUUCAAAAUUUAAUCCAAAUUCUUUCCAUGAAGAGUUUUGAUUAAAAUAUCCUUCGUUGCUGAUUGAGUAUUUCAAAAAUUAAUUACAAACAUUUUCGUUUAUAGAAAAAUAUUUGUAAGUAAUCAUAGUUUAUCUAUUUAGUGAAUUAUUAUGCAAUGUAAAUAAAUUCUUAUACUCUUUAAUUAUACACUUUUAUACUUUUACUAAAUUUUUAAGUUAAUUUCACUGGAAAUAUAAUUUCUAUGUAUAUAAAUGAGAUAAUGAAGAUACCUGUUUAAAAGAAAAAUGUAACUAUUUUAAUCAGUCUUUAAAUUAAAAAUAUCUGUAGACCAAAACAAUAUGAAAUUAUCGGCUUUAAAUGUUAAGUGGAACCUUGGGUAGCCAACUUUUAAAUUAAGAAAAAAUAUUUAAUGAAAUUGUAUUUCUAAGAGUUUUCUAAAAUGCAAGUGAUACCAUGGUUGCAAUAUUAGAUUAAGCUUAGUUUCGAGGGCUUUGCUAACUUAUGUCCGAGAUUAUACGUCUGUAACGUUUUGUGUAACUUGUAUAAACGAUGUUUUUUGUUAAUAAAAAUGCUGUUGCUUUAA